AGUUUUUUUAACAGAACAGAACAGAUAAGGAUUACAUCAUCAUCUAGUUCAUUUUUCUUGGUUGUUGAACUAUAUAACGUAGCAUAUCAAUUCCACAAUCCAAUGCUUUAGGUGCAGUAGAUAUUUUCAGAUUCUUUUCUUCCUCAUUGUUGUCCCCAUUACUGAACAGCAGUGGGGUUUCAAGAACAUUGGUUCAGAAGCUUUCCUGCAUUUUAUAAUCUGACUCUGACAAAGAGGGGGUAGAUACUGUAAUGGGGAGAAAAGGGAUUUUUCUUGGGCUUUUGUUGGUCCAUAUUCUUGUGAUAUCAGUUGCUGAUACUCAGAAGAAGAACUUGUAUAUAUGGCCAAUGCCAGUGUCGGUAAGCCAUGGACAACAUACACUUCAUCUCAGCAAUGAGUUCGAGCUCAAGACUGAUGGAAGCAAGUAUAGUGAUGCUUCAGGAAUUCUCAGGGAUGGCUUCUCCAGUAUACUUAAAAUUAUUAAAGGAGAUCAUGUAAUUGAAGAUGCUCCCCGUUUUGGUUCCUAUCUUGUGAUCAAGGGAAUUCAUGUUGUCAUUCUUUCGCCAAGCGAUGAGUUGCAGCAUGGAGUCAAUGAAACGUACAGGUUAUCAGUUCCCGUUGAUGGUAAUCCAAUUUAUGCACAUGUUGAGGCACAAACAGUUUAUGGGGCAUUACAUGCACUGCAGACAUUCAGCCAACUUUGCUAUUUUGGAUUUGAAACCAGAGUGAUUGAAGUUCAUCAGGCUCCAUGGACCAUUUUUGAUCAACCAAGGUUUUCUUAUCGAGGGCUUCUAAUUGACACAUCUAGGCACUUUCUGCCAUUGCCUGUGAUAAAGAAGGUCAUCGAUUCUAUGACAUAUGCCAAGUUGAAUGUGCUGCACUGGCACAUAGUAGAUACGCAAUCUUUUCCUCUUGAGAUACCUUCAUAUCCCAGAUUGUGGGAUGGUGCUUAUUCUAGAUCAGAACGAUACACUAUGGCAGAAGCUGCUGAGAUUGUAAAAUAUGCUCAAAGGCGAGGCAUUCAUGUAUUAGCUGAACUUGAUGUGCCAGGGCAUGCUGAGUCUUGGGGUAUUGGUUAUCCUUCAAUUUGGCCGUCAGAAAAUUGCACACAGCCCCUUGAUGUUAGCAAUGAUUUUACUUUCAAACUUAUAGAUGCAAUUCUCUCAGAUUUCAGUAAGGUCUUCAAGUACAGAUUCGUUCACCUUGGGGGUGAUGAAGUGGAUACGAGUUGCUGGACUUUUACUCCUCAUGUUAGUGACUGGUUAAAAAAGCGAGGCCUUAAUGAAUCUGGAGCUUACCAGUAUUUUGUCUUGAAAGCACAGCAAAUAGCUCUAUCCCAUGGUUAUGAAAUCAUAAACUGGGAAGAGACCUUCAACAAUUUUGGUAGUAAGUUGAACCCAAAAACGGUGGUACACAACUGGCUUGGGGGCGGGGUUGCUCAGAAAGUAGUGGCAGCUGGUUUGCGGUGCAUUGUUAGUAACCAGGACAAGUGGUACUUGGACCAUCUGGAUGCAACAUGGGAAGGUUUCUAUUCAAACGAGCCCCUUACAAAUAUAACAAAGCCUGAGGAACAAGCUUUGGUUAUAGGGGGAGAAGUAUGCCUGUGGGGAGAACAUAUUGAUGGGUCAGACAUUGAACAAACUAUAUGGCCACGAGCAGCAGCUGCAGCAGAGAGACUAUGGACACCUUAUGACAACUUAGCCAAGAACUCAAGCGAAGUUACUGCAAGAUUAGCAAAUUUUAGGUGUCUGUUGAACCAAAGGGGAGUUGCAGCUGCUCCAUUGGCUGGACCUGGUCGCGUGGCACCUGUAGAGCCAGGUUCUUGCUACAAGCAAUAGUCUGCUAAAAUUUUCCAAUUGAUGGUAAUUGCAUAGGGAAUUCUGUACGUGGAAGUGAGAUCUGAAUGCAUGAGGCAGCACUCAACAUUUUAUUCCUUGGAAAGUGUUGAAAAUGAACCUCAAUUGGUAAUCUUUUCAGGUCCAUUCUUUUAAUUUGUAAGGAUUCCUGGAAUAAAAAUAUAAUGGCUUCAACUACGGUUGAUUUCAGCUA